AUGAACGCGUCCGCCUCGUCUUCUUCGUCGUCGUCCUCUGAGGCAGGACCCUCCAACCCUUCCACCUCCUCCCCCUCUCCCAACGACAAUGCCCACUACCCUCUCCUGGGGACUAGCGGCGCGUCGUUGCGGGAACCACCAGGCGUUGACCUGGCACCGCGCGAGCAGCCCACCUUGGCCGACUUUCGUAUCCACGAAGGCGCCCAGGUGCGCUCCGCCAAGCUCCGUCACUUGUGGUCGUCGCUCCCCAAGCUGCCCGACAUUGAGGGCGACCAGCCGACCCCGACACAGCGUAUGCGUUUACCAGGCCAAGGAACACUUGCCGCCCUGAGUCCCGAACGCGCCGAGCGUCUCCGCAUCCUCUACCAAGAGGAGCUGGUGCGCAGGUGUAGCGAGAACCGUCCCGACGCCCGGCUCUGGGGCGGUGCCGAUGACCUGCAGCCAGACUCGGUGAUGGAUGGCGCCUCCGAGGUGCGCGACAAGAGUGUCUCGUGGAAAGCUUUCCGAAAAUACCUCUGGGACCAGGAACGCCAGCUGUGGGACAUGUUCCAGGAGCUCGACAAGAAUGGCGACGGCGUCCUCGACAUGGACGAGAUGAACACUGCACUGGUCCAGGGCGGUGUCAAGCUGUCCGGCGCUACUGUAAAGGACAUUGUCCGACUGCUCUCGGGGUCUGCAAGCGGCGAGUCUGUCACCUUUCCCGAAUUUCGCGACUUUCUCCUCAUGCUGCCCCGCCGCGCGACGCCAAAUGAAAUCUACAAGUUUUACCAGGUCCACAAGCGGUUCAGCGACGGUCGCGGGGUCGCCCGGGUCGAUAAAGACGGCGAUUUGAACCCGAGUUUCCCCAAGGCGCCCGGUGGACCAGAACACUCGACCGCCGCGGGGUUCCUGUUACACUACGAGCACACCGAGUCGCCCGUCGACAACCUGGACGACGCGGUCGACGUCGAAGACGAGGAAGUGUACAUUAUCGACGAGGGACGGCACGAUGCCUGGCGCUUUCUCCUUGCCGGAGGCGUCGCCGGCGGAGUGUCGCGCUCAGUGACCGCGCCCUUUGACCGUCUCAAGAUCUACCUCAUCACCUCGACCAUCCAGCCCGACCCCAACAGCAAGCCCUCGCCCUUCCGCGCCAUCCACACCUUGUGGUCUGCCAUGGGCAGGAUCUACCACGAGGGCGGCGGCGUGCGUGCGUUCUGGGUCGGCAACGGCCUGAACAUUGUCAAGAUUCUCCCAGAGUCGGCCAUCAAGUUUGUCUCGUACGAGCAGGCAAAACGUGUGCUGGCCCGUGUGGUGGAUGGCGUCUCCGACCCGGCCGACGUGUCGAGCCUGUCUCGCUUCAUCGCCGGUGGAUUUGGCGGUAUCUCUGCCCAGCUGUCGAUUUACGGUCUCGAGACCCUCAAGACGCGUAUCCAGUCCGAGACGGGUCCCGCAAAGGGCUGGAGGGACGUGGUGCGCGUCGCACAGUCAAUGUACGCCAAGGGCGGCGUCCGCUCGUUCUACCGUGGUCUCGGCCUCGGCCUCAUUGGCGUGUUCCCGUACAGUGCCAUCGACAUGGGCACGUACGAGUCGCUCAAGAACGCCUACCUGCGCUCGACGGGUAAAGACGAGCCCGAGAUAUACGCCGUCCUCUCGUUUGGUGCCCUGUCGGGAUCCAUCGGUGCCGCGAGCGUCUACCCCAUCAACCUGCUGCGCACCCGUCUCCAGGCGUCUGGCUCAUCGGGCCAUCCCCAGCAGUACACGGGUUUCAUGGACGUGGCAAGACAAACGUGGCGAAACGAGGGACCCCGCGGCAUGUACAAGGGCCUGCUCCCGACGCUGCUCAAGGUCGGCCCCGCCGUCGGCGUCUCGUGGAUCGUGUACGAGGACAUGAAGCGCCGCCUGGGCGUGUAG